GAGUCACAUGACCCGCUGUGAGCUGUAAUGUGAUUUUCACUAUGAGGGUCAGAAAACAGUAAAACCGGCCGCAGCGUUUCUGCAGUAAAAUCUGCAUAACAACAAAAUACAAGGGACAUUUCGAGCUUCUAAACUCGCUUUAUAGAUCUACAUAUACUUUCGAGCAGCGCUGCUUCGAGUUUAAUUUACACAGGACACGAUGUCGGGCAAAGAUCGGAUCGACAUUUUCCCGUCGAGGAUGGCGCAGACCAUUAUGAAGGCUCGUCUGAAAGGAGCUCAGACUGGACGUAAUCUGCUGAAGAAGAAAGCUGACGCCCUUUCCAUGCGCUUCCGGCAGAUUCUUAGGAAGAUUAUUGAGACCAAGACGCUGAUGGGAGAAGUGAUGAGGGAAGCUGCCUUUUCUUUAGCUGAAGCCAAAUUUGCUGCUGGUGACUUUAGCACUACGGUUAUCCAGAAUGUGAACAAGGCCCAGGUCAAAGUCAGGGCAAAGAAGGACAACGUAGCAGGUGUGACUCUGCCUGUGUUUGAGCACUACCAGGAAGGAGGAGACAGUUAUGAACUGACCGGUCUGGCCCGAGGUGGAGAGCAGCUGUCCAGACUGAAGAGGAACUAUGCCAAAGCUGUGGAGCUGCUGGUGGAGUUGGCCUCCCUGCAGACGUCCUUUGUCACUUUGGACGAGGCCAUCAAGAUCACCAAUCGUCGUGUGAAUGCCAUCGAGCAUGUGAUCAUCCCAAGGAUCGAGCGCACCCUUACUUACAUUAUCACUGAGCUGGAUGAGAGAGAAAGAGAAGAGUUUUACAGGCUGAAGAAAAUCCAGGAGAAGAAGAAGCAGCUUCGGGAGAGGACGGAGAAGGAGAUUGCCCAGCGUCUGGCCAAGCUGGGACCCAUGGCUGAGCCGGCCAACAUGCUGAACGAGGAGGCCGAUGAAGACCUGCUGUUUGAGUAAAGCUCCGCCCCGCAGCUUCCAACCCAAAACCCUGUUUAUUCUGUGCCUCUGAGGCCGUAAUCAACACGUUUUUGUGAAAUUGAAAAAGAUUUGUCAUUGUUUUGUGUAUAUGUUGGUGCUUAUGUUUUGUUUUCUUUUGCGCUUUGGGGAGAAGAAGAAUGUUCACGUUACGACAAAAGCAUGUUCACUAGAGCUCCGUUAAAAAAACAAAAAACAAAAAAAACAAACAAAAAAGAAAGGAAGUUGUUGGUAUAUGCUGCCAAUGAAUUUUUCUGUAUAUUAAGUAUGCUGUGUCUGGUCUUGUCUGUGUGAGUGGCUUAUUUUUGAUGACUGAAAAUCACACCUGUAGAAUAGUAAAGGGAUUUGUUCAGAAAUGACCUCAAAAAAUAUCAUUCCAAGUAACUGUACUUGCUCACAUUCUGCUCUGAUCUUCAUCUGAGUGUUGAAAGAAAGCCAGUGUAGCCACCUGUGCAGUUUAUUAUGACUGGAAACCUUCAAAUUCUUGUUUACUCUGAGUGUGGACGGAGGCUGUGGCUGACUGCUGAAUUACACUCUUAAAAAAAGAUGGUUCUUCAAGGGUACUUUAGUAAAGGGAAUGGUUCUGUUUAGAACCAUGAGCUCUAUAUACAACCAUUUCAUGCUUAAAUGGUUCUCUGCAUGGAUAUUGUGUUGUAUAUUGUUCUAUAUAGCACCAAAAAAGAGGUCUGCUAUUGUUACAAGCUUGACAACAGUAGAAGAAUCCUUUUUGGUGCUGUAUAGAACCAUAUAGAACACAUGCUCCAUCAAUCCGAAGAACCAUUUAAGCAUGAAAUAUAGAACUCGUGGUUCUAAACAGAACCAUUCCCUUUACUAAAAAACCUUUUGAAGAACUGUCUUUUUAAGACUGUAGGAUGAGUUUUCAUCUUCACAAUAUCAGUGAAUUCUUCUCUACACACUUAAAAAAGGUGGUUCCUGAAUUGUUCUUUAGUAAAUAUAUUAGUCUAUAUAGUACCAUAAACACUCAAAGGGUUCUUUGCAUGGUGAAAGGGUUCUUCAAACUGAUGGAGAAUGUGCUGUAGAUGGUUCUAUAUAGCACCAAAAGGGUUCUUCUAACAAGCGUCACAUUGUAAAAACAUCAAUCCUUUUCAAAAGGGUUCUGUUCAGAACCAUCAUAUUCUGAAUAUUCACGAUGCAAAUAAUCCAUUAAUCAUGCAAAGAGUUCUUUGAGUGUUUUGUGUACUGAAACUUCUGCAUUCUAACUAUUCUUGUCUGUUGAAUUAACUGCAAUAAAGUGUAUAGAUGGUA